AUGCCCUCCAUUGUGCACGCUGUCAGCAGCGAGAACAUCGCCCUCAUCGAAGAAAUCCUCGCCGACCCCUCAUCCCCCAACAUAAACGCCACGGUCGACGGCAAGAAGCAGAAGCAGUACACUGUUCUCCACGUUGCCGCAAAGCUCACGACACCCACGGGCUUCAACAUCGUCAAGCUUCUUCUACAGAGCGGUGCAGAUGUGGCCGCGAAGGACAAGAGAGGGUUCACGCCCCUGGAUUGGUGCUUCGAGAGGAUGAUGGAGUACCCGGAUUCGACCUCGGUGGAGGAGCUGAGGGUGCUGAGAGGGAUCUUUGUAGAGUUGGUGGAGAAUAAGGCGGAUAUCAACUCGAAGGACGCGGAGGGGAAGACUAUCUUGGAGAGGGCAAGAACGUGUAGGUGGAAACAUCAGGAUAAGGGGUUUGGCGCGGCGGAUCAUGUCAUGGCGUUUUUAGAAAGGAAUGGUGCCAAGUGA